CCUCGUCGUCACCGUGGGCGUCCGUGCUGGACAGUGUGCUUCAUGGCGGUAGCGGUUUUUGCGAAGUGAAGCCGGACUGAAUUUGAGGUCGUAUAAUGAGAAAAAUCAGCACAGUAUCUCAUUGUAUGGUGUUUAAUGGUUGAAAUACCAUGGCAGUUCAAGGUUCAGAUUAAAAGAUUCGGAAUAAUAAAUAAACACUAAACGGUCUCGCUAGAUAUUUCUCCACAAGUAACGUGCACUUUGGACACCUAAGAAGAGAGCAGGCGCUACGGAGGCAAGGCUCUGAUGAUGGAGAAUGGACAGAGCACAGCCUCGAAGCUUGGCCUGCCGCCCCUCACCCCUGAACAGCAGGAGGCCCUGCAGAAGGCAAAGAAGUAUGCCAUGGAGCAGAGCAUCAAGAGCGUGCUGGUCAAGCAGAGCCUCGCCCAGCAGCAGCCACUUAACAACAUCCAGAUCCCCAAUUCUUUACAGAUGGCCUCAAUGGCCAUGGCUGGCUUCGGUGACCCGCUUUCACCCUUACAGUCGGUUGCAGCACAGCGGCAGCGGGCGCUCGCUAUUAUGUGCCGUGUUUACGUCGGCUCGAUCUAUUAUGAGCUUGGAGAGGAUACCAUUAGACAAGCUUUCGCACCUUUCGGGCCAAUCAAGAGCAUCGAUAUGUCCUGGGACUCGGUUACUCUUAAGCACAAGGGUUUUGCGUUUGUAGAGUAUGAGGUACCAGAGGCAGCACAGCUGGCUUUAGAACAGAUGAACUCCGUCAUGUUAGGGGGGAGAAACAUUAAAGUGGGACGGCCAAGCAACAUUGGUCAGGCACAGCCAAUCAUAGACCAGUUAGCCGAAGAAGCCCGUGCCUUUAACAGAAUCUACGUAGCGUCCGUGCACCCGGAUCUCUCAGACGACGACAUCAAGAGUGUUUUCGAGGCCUUUGGGAGAAUCAAGUCCUGUAUGCUGGCACGAGAGCCCACGACAGGGAAACACAAGGGCUACGGCUUCAUAGAGUAUGACAAGGCCCAGUCAGCGCAGGACGCAGUGUCCUCUAUGAACCUGUUUGAUUUGGGUGGUCAAUACCUGCGUGUGGGCAAGGCAGUGACCCCGCCCAUCCCGAUGAUGGCGCCCACCGCGCCCGGGGGCCUGCCCCCUGCUGCUGCCGUGGCUGCUGCUGCGGCCACUGCCAAAAUCACCGCCCAGAUGGCAUGGAAUCUUUCCACUCCGGAGAAUCGGACAGAAGACUUCCUCAACUGUCUGGAAGCGGUGGCUGGUGCGUCCAUCCUGGGUGCAAUGACAGCCGGCUCUGUGAGCCUGCCACAGAUGCCCCAGGCCGUUAUGGCAGCCCAGGCCCCAGGGGUCAUCACAGGUGUGACGCCAGCACGGCCUGUGAUACCCCAGGUGGGCCUGGUGAAUCCCAUCCUGGCGUCUCCACCCAUGAUCUCUGCGGCUGUGGCUGCCGCGCAGGAGGCCAAGGAAAAGAAGGAUAAGGAAGAGGAGGAAGCAGCCCUAGACGGGACGGGUCAGGAGAUGCUCAGCGAACAGGAGCACAUGAGCAUUUCAGGCAGCAGUGCCAGACAUAUGGUUAUGCAGAAACUGCUGAGGAAGCAAGAGUCGACGGUUAUGGUGCUCAGGAACAUGGUCGGUCCUGAAGACAUAGACGACGACCUGGAGGGUGAGGUAACGGAAGAAUGUGGGAAGUUCGGUGCAGUCAACAGAGUGAUUAUUUACCAGGAGAAGCAGGGUGAAGAGGAAGAUGCAGAGGUCAUCGUUAAGAUCUUUGUGGAGUUUUCAGCCGCAUCAGAGAUGAACAAGGCCAUUCAGGCGCUUAACAACCGCUGGUUUGGAGGUCGAAAAGUCAUUGCUGAGGUUUAUGAUCAGGAGCGGUUUGACAACAGCGAUCUCUCGGCAUAGACUGAAAAAAAAAUCCAACCCUUUCUUCAUUGACCCGUUCUCUCAUUUUUCUCACACUUACAGCUACAGCUGCUGACCACUAUUCCCAGUGGUGCAGGCCUCACUUUUUAACCUAUUAUUUUUUUAUUGAUGUUGAUAUUAAUAUUAUUACAGAUCCCAUUCAGGGACAAACACAAACUCAUGGAUUGAAUGAAUCUUUUUUUUUUUUUUUUUUUUGUGUCACUGUCGUGUACUGUGAAGGACUGGAAAUGUUUUUGUAUUGGUUCGGUUUCUUCCCCAUCAGUUAAUUUGGAUUAGGUUGAAAUUUUUUUGUUUGUUUUAUUCCAAAAUUUACUUUUUUUUUCAAAAUACUCAUCUUGUUAUAAAACCUUUUUGGUUCCAAAUGUCCAAAAAAUAAAAAUCUUCAAAUAGA